CUUAACCACUGCGCCACCAGGGAAGCCCCCUAAUUUACUGUUGUCAUUGGUUUCUGCCAUGUCUAAAUUGAUUUGGGCAUUGUCAGACUGGGAGUAAUGCCAGACCAUCUCUCUGCCAUCCUCCCUGGAAAUCUUCCAUUAAAAAGUCUAAAUUAGGAGUCGAACGCAAGGGUACAGUGAACCCUAAUCUGCAGAAUCAGCUAAGUGCAGGGUUUUAUUUUAGCUGUACAGUCUAGAUAAUCAGUUUUUCAAAGAAUUCAAACAGUAUAAAAUACAUUUUACAUACCAUAUGGUAAGUAUCAUUUAAGCUUUAUUUUAUAAUUCAGAAAGGCUUCAUGGUCUUAAAGUGCCUUGGAGUUAUCAUGCAUAUUAAUUAUUAUCUCAUAGCACGUGGUACUGUAUAGGGAAAAGGCAACGUGCUGCUAUUUCCCGUUGCAGAAUGUCCUCAGAUUUCUCUUGUCCUAGUCCUGGUUAGGAGUGCUUGCAUCCAGACUUCACAACCUUGCACUUGGACUAAAGUUGUCUCCAGCCCUUCCUGGAUCUCCCUGACAUCACAACUUCUCUGCCUCCUCCUAAACUCUACAUAGCAGUGGGACUCACCUCUGUGAAAAUGGCUUUCCAUGAGUCCCUCCCACGCUUGAAAGCCUACAGUGACAGCAGCUUCUUAUUCUGGAAGGUAUCAAGCCCCGCUUUCCCCUCGGCCCAUCACAUUCAGUUCCCAUCUAGCUCAUCCACCCUUACUUCCCCUGCUCAGGAAUAACUGUGCCUGCACCCGUGGGGCCAAGCCUCUCACCAGGCCCUUAUUGCAGAAAGACUAAAGUCAGGGAGAGCAAGUAAGGUCCUGACUUUAGUCGAAGUGUAAGGUUCUGACAUCCCAGAUGCAAGUGCACCUCCUAGAUACCAUAUUAACGGCACACAGAAGGCAUAACACGGAAGGAAGACCGAUAACAAAACGCCUUAAAACCAGAUGCUCAGCAAAACCCCCAAGGCCAUGGCAAAGAACGGGAACCAUAAAGCCAUUUACAGACUGAAGAGACAUUCUCACUUCAGUCUCCAGACUGUAUGCAGCAUUAUAAGGUUUAAAAGCUGGUUGAUGGGAGACGGGAGACCUAGCAGCAACUGGAGCAGCAUGGCCAAGCCCUGUGGGGUGCGCCUGAGCGGGGAAGCCCGCAAACAGGUGCAUGUCUUCAGGCAAAAUCUUUUCCAGGAGGCUGAGGAAUUCCUCUACAGAGUCUUACCUCAGAAAAUCAUUUACCUGAAUCAGCUCUUGCAAGAGGACUCCCUCAACGUGACUGACAUGACUUCUCUCCGGGCCCCGCUGGACAUCUGGACACCCAUCCCAGACCCUCCACCCAAGGAUGAUGAGAUGGAAACGGAUAAGCAAGGGAAGAAAGAAGUCCCUAAGUGCGGCUUUCUCCCUGGGAAUGAGAAGGUCCUGGCCUUGCUUGCCCUGGUUAAGCCAGAAGUCUGGACUCUCAAAGGAAAGUGCAUUCUGGUGAUCACAUGGAUCCAGCACCUCAUCCCCAAAAUUGAGGAUGGAAAUGACUUUGGGGUGGCAAUCCAGGAAAAGGUGCUGGAGAGGGUAAAUGCAGUCAAGACCAAAGUGGAAGGCUUCCAGACAACCACUGCCAAGUACUUCUCAGAACGUGGGGAUGCUGGGGCCAAGGCCUCUAAGGAGACCCACGUAAUGGAUUACCGGGCCCUGGUGCACGAGCGAGACGAGGCAGCCUAUGGAGAGCUCAGGGCCAUGGUGCCGGACCUCAGGGCCUUCUAUGCUGAGCUUUACCAUAUUAUAAGCAGCAGCCUGGAGAAAACUGUCAACCCAAAGGGUGAAGAGAAGCCAUCUAUGUACUGAGCCCAGGGUUAGAAGGGAAAUAAAUGACCUAGACUUUGUGUGGAUUAAAAAAAAAAAAAAAAGCUGGUUGAUGGGGACUUCCCUGGUGGCUCAGUGGUUAAGAAUCCACCUGCCAAUACAGGGGACACGGGUUCGAUCCCUGGUCUAGGAAGAUCUCACAUGCCACGGAGCAACUAAGCCCGUGUGCCACAACUACUGAGCCUGCGUGCUGCAACUACUGAAGCCCGUGUGCCCAGAGCCCGUGCUCCGCAACAAGAGAAGCCACCGCAAUGAGAAGCCCGCGCACCACAACGAAGAGUAGCCCCCGCUCACCGCAACUAGAGAAGGCCUGCGCGCAGCAAUGAAGACCCAAAGCAGCCAAAAAUAAAUAAAUUUAAAAAACCAAAAAGCUGGUUGGUGGUAGGAGACAAAGCAGCAUUCCACUGUUGAUACAAUUUAUAAGUCCUUAUUCAUUUCAGCUUAUGGAAUGAAUUAUCUGGUCCCUGUAUAUGAAUUACCGUAAGAACUGUUUUUAUGGAAAAAAGAAUCAAAAAGGUUAAAGUGAAGAACUGCUGCAUAUUAACUAACUGAAUACUUACUAAACACAAUUUCACAUAAGGAAAAUAGAAGAAAUUACUUCCUCCGACUGCAGACAUCUUCACAAAUAGGCAAAAUCACUAAAAACUCCCUUCCUGCCUUUGCUCUUGCUAUUCAGUGGAGCCACUUCCGUGGAGCCAUCUCUUUAUGGACCCCAUUUUUGUGGACAGACCUUGGGUAGAACUCUUGUUCUGUUUUAUGCAUUAUUAAUAAAAGUGCCCAGCAAACUCCAAGACCCAAACUAAAACCAGAGAGCUACUUUCAUUUUCCUUGGAUUGGCUUGAAUUUGCACAUGCAGCUACUGAGCAACGAUCCUGUCUCAAUUUGUACAUCAAGAAUACGGAGACACCUGAAGAACAAAGGAAAGUUUAAAAAAAGUCACUGUCACUGAGCUACCAGGUAUUGAGCCAUAUCCAUGAGAACACUAUGAGCUCAACAUGGUUUGACAGUCAACACCCCAAACGGGAAGACAACUGACUCGGAGAAGAGACUUCCAAGGAGCGCAGUAGGGUUAGCUCUCCAGGUGAUUAUAAUACCUUUAAUUAUCCAUAAGAAACCAAGCUCAGAGGCCUUGAGAGUAGGUCUUUAGGAAGCAUCUUAGGAAGCCAAUACCAUUUCACAGGAUGGCCUCAAUCUGGAUUUGGGAAGAACCAAACCAAAGGACCCCAUGGAAGCUAGGCUGGUCCUUCUCAAAAGAAUUUGGCUUCAUUUUUAAAGGGACCUGGAGUCCAUACCCACUGGGUGAGUAUCCCUGGGCAUGCUGGGACUCCGCAAAUUAAAACAUAAAUCUCUCAGAGAUCUCUCUAAACCUGCCAGUCACCUUAACAUACUUCAAAGGGAUUGGCCAGAACCUUGGAAUACAGCAAAUCAAAGUCUAACUUUAGGGCUUCCCUGAUGGCGCAGUGGUUGCGCGUCCGCCUGCCGAUGCAGGGGAACCGGGUUCGCGCCCCGGUCUGGGAGGAUCCCACGUGCCGCGGAGCGGCUGGGCCCGUGAGCCAUGGCCGUUGAGGCUGCGCGUCCGGAGCCUGCGCUCCGCAACGGGAGAGGCCGCAACAGAGGGAGGCCCGCGUACCACAAAAAAAAUAAAUUUAAAAAAUAAAUAAAUAAUAAAUAAAUUAAAAAAAAAAAAAGUCUAACUUUAGUUCAUUUGGUUCCAAAAUAAUGAGCAGAGAAUUAGUGAAACUUGCCCCCUUUUUUUGGGGGGGAGGGGUUGCCUGCAGUGGAAAGGGAGAUGGGAAUUCACAUAAAAAUUUUGAAAUGUACAUUCUAAAGUAAAGUUGAUCAACUCAAGUCAUUAACAACCAACCUAGUGAAUAUGGGAUGAAUGAGGAGAAUGACAAACCAGGAACAGAGAAGAAAAGUAAUCAAGAAAUGUCAUUUUUAAAGGAAGCUCAAAAUAUUCUAAGUUCAAACAUAUAAGAAAUCCUAUGGAUGCUCUGGUAUAAAGUCAGGGCUGGGGACGUCCCUGGUGGCGGAGUGGUUAAGAAUCCGCCUGCCAAUGCAGGGACACGGGUUCGAGCCCUAGUCCCGGAAGAUCCCCCAUGUCGCAGAGUAACUAAGCCCGUGCGCCACAACUACUGAGCCUGCGCUCUAGAGCCCGCGAGCCACAAUUACUGAGCCCGCGUGCCACAACUACUGUAGCCCGCGGGCCUAGAGCCCGUGCUCUGCAACGAGAGAAGCCACCGCGAUGAGAAGCCUGUGCACCACAAUGAAGGGCGGCCCCCGCUCGCCGCAACUAGAGAAAGCCUGUGUGCGGCAACGAAGACGCAACGCUGCCAAAAAUAAAAUGUAAAUAAAUAAAUAAUAAAAUAAAGUCAGGGCUGGGGGAGGCGAUGGAAAAUGAACUUCAGUACUUAUUUCUAGAAAUAGAAUGCAGCACCAGAGUGUGUGCUGGUGGGAGGGAAGGGCAAGCUGACAGAGGAGCAGCUCGAGCUGCCAACCUCCAGAUAGCAGCAGCAGUGCAGGUCCAUGACACAGGCCUCCUCUUAAUCCGACUGAUAACAAAAUCCACUCAAAGGUGCGUGGCUGAGGGACAGAAAGCUGUUAUCCUGGGAGCUAAACCACCAGAGCUGGAAGGACUCUCAGGGCCCUCUGGCUUAACCUGUUGUUUACAGAAGAGGAAACCAAGGCCCAGGGACGUGAGGCAUCAACUAACCAACUAGUACCCAGGGACAAGUCACCAAUCUAACCACUUGGCCCAUUCCUCCCCAAACACUGAAGUCUCAUUCCCUGUGAGAAUUUAUCUGAGAACCUUCGAAAGCCCUAAAACAAAUUUUUGCGUAUCAGAGGAGUAGACAUUAAAGGCAAUGAGGACAGUGAGCCAUGUUUUAUCCAGAAAGCCUCCCUGACUACUCCAGCUGUCAUUCUCAUUGAUGUCCAUCUGUUUUAAGAUUAUGAUCGCCCACACAAUUUAAUACUUUAUAUAUAUAAUGUGUUGCUGCCUGGCUUCCCAAUGAGAUAAAAAUUUUCCUGGUAUAGGGACCGUAUCUUUCACAGCUGUUUCCCACAGCAUCCCUAGUUAUGCUGAGCACACAGUCGACAGUUCAACAAAUAUGUGCUUGACUGAUGCUUUCCAGGCAUAACAGACUAAAAUAAAACCCUGAAAAGCUAGAACCCAAAAGAGGGUCAGCAAAACAUCUUUAGCAAUGUUCCACAGGACAGCUGUGUUAACAUUCUAUGAAAGCAGUGGCAAUGCUGUGCUCUUUUGAGCCACUGUUUGAGAUUUUAAAU